ACCCAGAAAGCCUUCAAUGAAUCGAGCAGAGGACACUACACUCUGACUGAUAAGACGGUACAGAAAAGAUUUAGGGACAGUAACUUUCAUUUGCGAACCUGCCUGUGCUCAUAGACUAUAUUCGUUUAGUCCGUAGUAGCUUGACGGUAAAUUAAAAGACUGCAGGCUUGAGAAAAUUUGGACAGUGUAUUUUUUUAAUUUAUUUUUUACAUCACAAGAUUUUUUUGUGGAGAAGUAUUUUUCGGACAGACGUCGAAACCAGGAUUCGAACCUGCGACAGGACUGACGUGGUGUUUUGGUGCCAGGAAGCCGGGGAGCAGCUAGCGUAGCGGCUAACCUAGCAUAACCAGUGGUAUAGUUGCCAAGUCUGCAAAACAAUAGCAACUUUGGGAUUGUUUUAUUUUAAUUUUUUUCUUAAAGGUGCUUAAAAGCCAAAAGAAGAUACAGCGUAUUUAGCCUUUUGAAUGAGUUCGUCAUUAUAAAGAGUAUAUUCUUGUAUUACAAUUUUUUUCUCUCAAUAAGUAAGGCUAGUAAUCACAUGCAAAAUGUAUCUAAUUAUUGAAUGAAUAGAUGUUUUGCAUAGUUCAAAUCAUUUCAUGGCAUGUCACAAACAUUGAUAAAAUCUGACAAUCCAAAGCGAAUCAAACUGAAUUCUUAAACCCAGAGCGUGUGUGUCUGUGUACAGAUUUUUACCUACUAUCUUUUGCUUAAUUCUAUGGGAUUAUUUUGAAUACCCUAUUCCUUUUGAGAGCUUUUUGCAUAGGCCUAUUUACUUGUUUCUUUCGUGAGAUCUGGCAACCGGGGCAGGCAGGCAGAGGCGGACUUGCUUGCUACUACCCAGGAAGCAGGGCUACUACCACGAUGAGGAUAAAAGUGGGGUUUCUUUUACGGAGUUUGCUCGUAAUUGGGACAUUUUUGGGUCUUGUGGUGCUUUGGUCAUCGUUGUCACCCAAACCGAAUGAGGACAACCCUUUCGCCAAGCAGAAUGGUGAUUUUCUUCCCAAAGGAGGUCCAGUUGACCAGUUCAAACCAGUGGUGCCCUGGCCCCAUGUGGAGGGAGUGGAGGUGGAUCUCAACGCGGUUAGACUUAAACAUGGAGGCGAGAACCACCCGCCAAACGCAGACCACAAUCCAAAUCAGAAACAGGUGAUACAGCAACAGUACGUCACCUUUAAACCCCACACCCAGGCUUACACCAACCCCGUGCUGAAGAAGGGCAUUCUGGGUAACUUUGAACCAGCCGAACCUGAGCCCCCGGGAGUGCCAAACGGGCCGGGGGAGGGGGCCAAGCCUUUCGUCCUGGGGCCCGAGUACAAAGAGGCAGUGCAGGCUUCCAUCAAAGAGUUUGGGUUCAACAUGGUGGCCAGUGAUAUGAUCUCACUGGACAGAAGUGUCAGCGACAUUCGGCAUGAAGAGUGUAAAUACUGGCAUUACGACGACCGCCUGCUCACCUCCAGUGUGAUCAUAGUGUUUCAUAAUGAGGGCUGGUCCACUCUGAUGCGCACGGUGCACAGUGUCAUCAAGAGGACUCCGAGGAGAUACCUGGCCGAGAUAGUAAUGAUUGAUGACUUCAGCAACAAAGAGCACCUAAAAGAGCGAUUGGAGACAUAUAUACAACAGUGGAACGGUUUGGUCAAACUUCACAGAAACGAAAAACGAGAGGGUCUGAUCCAGGCUAGGAGCAUAGGAGCCAAGGUGGCCACGAAAGGACAGGUGCUGAUUUACCUGGAUGCUCAUUGUGAGGUGGGAGUGAACUGGUACGCUCCAUUAGUGGCUCCCAUUUCAAAGGACAGAACGGUGUGUACGGUGCCCCUGAUCGACUCCAUUCAUGGGCAGCAGUUCACAAUGGAGCCACAAGGGGGAGGCGACGAAGACGGUUUCGCCAGAGGAGCCUGGGACUGGAGCAUGCUCUGGAAGAGGGUCCCACUCGGUGACAGAGAAAAAAAACACAGAAAGACUAGGACUGAGCCAUAUAGGUCUCCAGCGAUGGCCGGAGGUCUGUUUGCCAUUGAGAGAGAUUUCUUCUUUGAGCUGGGUUUAUAUGAUCCCGGAUUACAGAUCUGGGGAGGGGAGAAUUUUGAGAUAUCCUACAAGAUUUGGCAGUGUGGGGGCCAGCUUCUGUUCGUGCCCUGUUCCAGAGUGGGUCACAUCUACAGACUGUCGGGGUGGCAAGGCAACCCUCCCCCAGCUCACGUGGGAUCUUCACCAACACUCAAGAAUUAUGUGCGCGUGGUGGAGGUUUGGUGGGACGAGUAUAAAGACUAUUUCUACGCCAGUCGCCCUGAAACACUCACUCUGGCCUACGGAGACAUCAGUGACCUCAAACGCUUCAGGGAGGAGCACAGGUGUAAGAGCUUCAAAUGGUUUAUGGAGGAAAUCGCGUACGACAUCCCUCUGCAUUACCCUCUGCCUCCGAAGAAUGUGGAGUGGGGAGAGAUUCGUGGAUUUGAGACAGGUUACUGCAUUGACAGUAUGGGACACAACAAUGGAGGAAACGUGGAGAUUGGACCCUGUCACAGAAUGGGAGGCAACCAGUUGUUCCGCAUUAAUGAGGCGAACCAGCUGAUGCAGUAUGACCAGUGUCUGACCCGAGCCAGCGACAACUCGGCUGUCAUCAUCACUCAUUGCGAUCAGAACCAGCACAAUGAGUGGAAGUAUUUUAAGGAUCUGCACCGGUUCACUCAUAUUUCAACAGGAAAAUGCUUGGACCGCUCCGAUCUGCUCCACAAAGUUUUCAUUUCGGAUUGUGAGAACACUAAAACCACACAGAAAUGGGAGAUGAACAACAUUGUGGCUGUAUGAGGAGCUAAAUGGAACAUAAACCUGCACUAAAAAUCAACCACUUCUUAUCCCCGUUUAUGGAGAAAUACAGUGGAUAAUAAGAGGACAAAAUACCACACCAUGUUUACAAAGGCUCAUACUGUCCUCUAGAGGGAGACAUUUUGAAGAUGGAUGAAAUUUGAAUGGACAGCGUGAAGGCAAAGAAUAUUUCGGCACAUCUAAAGUUGAACAAGAUGGCACUGACAUUAUGUUGAAUCAAAACACAGAUAGUCAAGACGGUUAACUUUAUUUAGAGGUACAUUAUGUAACUUUUCUGGGUGAGAGUCUGCCACCUGCUUGUCUCCACGUUGAUAGUCUUGCUUUGCCUGUAAUGUCCCACAGCAUAAACAUAUCUAUAAUGCAUUUAUACAGUUACAGUUUUUUUAACACUUGUAAAACAUUGAGCCUCUGCACAGAUCUGACCUGUAACUUGGCCGUAAGUUUAAUUCCAUAUUUCUAGAACAUUCUUAGCAAAGCAAUAAUAUAACUAUGUAGACAAGCAAGAUGCGGCUCCUUCAUUAUAAACAUUACAUGGCUUGGUCUACUCGUCUUAAGUCUAAUCCAUAAUCUCAAUUAAUUUAUACAAUAUUGGGAUUUCUGCUCAAUAUCAAACACAAUGGACUGCUUUAAGCUAUUUUAAUCCUAUUUUAUCAUAUCUAAAUGAACAAGAUGGCACUGAAAUUAUGUUGAAUCAAAACACAGAUAGUCAAGAUACUCAUCAAUUGCUAGAUUUGGUCCACACUGGUCUUAAUAGUAAUUUAUGUUUUCAAUGGAAUGAAAAAUGGUAGCUCUAUAAUACAAUGUGGAUCUGAAAUAAUUAUGUUAAGCAAAAAAGUCAAAAAAUACUAAGAAAAUCUGUAGGUUUCGAUUUAUAAAAUGUAUUUGAAUAUGUAUUUUUCAAGUGUGAACAGGCCUGAGACGGCACAGACGCAGAAUGGACAUAGCCACAUUUGGGUGACAAGAUGGCUCUACAACUAUUGUAUCAAAUAAUAUAAUGGAAAUAUUAAUUUUAGGCUGUGUCCACACUAGUUGCCCACACCAUAUGUUUUCAGUCCAACAAAUUGUAAUUCACAAACCUGAAUUAUCCUAUUUUCCUGAUCCGGAAAUAGCAUAAUUCAACCAAUUCAAUCGAACCAAAACAAGCGAAAAAUGCCUUAACAAGGAAAAUCAUGAAUAAAAUCUGCCCUUUUUCACAUUUUACUUAAAAAAAAAAUGCAACAUUUCUGUCAUAUCUGUAUAUUUAUUUUCUUGCGAUAAAGAAUAUUUGCAUCAGUUAAUAUUGCAUAUUUGAUAUUUUGGCAAUAUACUGUGCAGCCCUGUCUUUGUGUACUUUGAAGAGUACAGGACAUACACACUCCAGAGAUCAGGAUUCUAAACCACAACCUCCUCAAUGAGAGGCAGGACACAGGAUAACCACUCUGCCACAGUAACAGAGGACAUGCACACUCCAGAGAUUGGGAGUCUAACCCACAACCUGCUUAGUGAGAGCAAGGAUGUAGGCUACUUUAGAGAAGAAAGUUCAAACACCAGUUGCUUUUUGACAACAACUUUGACACAAAGUUGUGUAGCUGUAUAGAUUUACUGACAACAUCACUAAUUUUGAUUUCACUUGUUUUUGAGAGAUAUUCCUUUAAGACCUCUUCUUAAAAUUACUGAGAAUUCUUUGAGAACUUUCUGCCAUAGUUCAGUAGCUGACCAAUCAACUGUGACUUCAACCUGCCUGAACACGUGAAGAAGAAAAGACUAGAUUUUGGGGAGUUUUUGAAUAACUUAAUUAUUUUUGGGGGGGUAGAGAUAUUUUGAAUGGGUUUUGGUGGUGAAUGAAUGAUGCUAUGAUAAAGUAUGUAAUGUUUUCUACAAAUGUAAAUAAGUUUCUUUAUAAAAAUCAUGAUGCAUUUUGUGCAGGGGCUUGAAUGAUGUAAAUAUUAAGUUAUAAGAGAUUUAAUAAUUAUAUGGGCUGAGGUUGUGGGAGGAGAAUAAAGAGAAUGGUUUCUA